ACCAAAACUUCCCAAUGAUGCUUUCAUUUGAUUUCUUAAAGGCUUUGGAUCAUCCGAAUGAUCCACUUUAUUUUUAGGGCAUCCAUCAAAGAACACAGAACUGCUCUUCGAAAAGGAGUGAAAGCAGGGAAAAUCCGAUUAGAGAGAUGGCGGUGAUGGAGAAGCUGAAGAUGUUCGUAGUGCAAGAGCCAGUUGUCGCUGCGUCUUGCCUCAUCGCUGGUUUUGGUCUCUUCCUACCAGCUGUUGUAAGGCCCAUUCUAGAUUCCUUAGAAUCAUCAAAGCAAGUCCCUCAGCCUGCUUUAAAAGAUGUGGUUGCAGGUGUGACUGGUAAAAAGCAGGGUUGAUAUGAUUUGUGGAUUGAAAAGAGGCAAAAUUUCAAAUGUAGCUAGUUAUGAGCAACAAAAUAAACCUGACUUUUAAAUUGAGGAACUCUUUAAGAGCGACAUGUGCCUCAUGUUUAGGAUGAGAGAAUUUGAAUGUUAUUUUGUUUUAAUAUUUAGCAGUUGAGGAUUUCUCAAAGCAUGGAUAACUAAGAUAUAUCAGAGUGGAUAUAUGAGAUCUUCUGCUUAAUUUGCUUCCGUA